CCCGAGCCCAACCAGUUGUUUCACUGAAUACGACUUCAAUAAGCUAAAUGAACGUCUAUCUUACAACUCACGUUCCCAAAUACAUAGACAAAUACAGUGCGACAACGACGUUUUAAUCAGGUUAUUUUUUUAAUGUCAAUAUUAUGGGGUGCUGGAGAUUCUCGGCAGUGAAUAUUGUUCUUCUGUCUUUCUGUCUUCCUAUCCUCUCCUUCACACACAUCAAGACCAACCUGUGUAAGUGGUGUGACUACUCCAGCCCUAUCUGUGAGGACAGUGUGUGUUAUACCAACUGCUCCCUCUCCUCCUUCUGUACUCUGAGUGAAGAGAUUUGCAUUGCAAUAUGGCGGAAGGACAAUGAGAGUAUGAGUGUGAAGACGUUAUGCCACCAGCCCCAGCAGCCACUGGAGAAUAUCAUGUUGUCAAACUACUCCUCCAACGAGUGUGUGAUGGCUCCUCAGCCCUCUGAGGAUGGGGUCCUGUUCGUUUGUGGCUGCCUGGGAGAACACGAGUGCAACGAUAAGCUUAUAUUCGACAAGGGCUCCAAUGAUUUUUCCAAGCUCAAGAGUAAAGAUGUGAUUCCAGUGGUGGUGAUCAGCCUGGUCCCUCCCUGUUUAGUGGCUAUCAUCGCUACCAUGGCGUUCUACCUGUACCGUACCAGACAGCCCGGCAAGCAGCCCAAAGACUGGGCUCCCAAACGCACACACUACCAGGCCUUGGACAUCCCAGAGGGACUCAGUGGGGAGGCCAUCACUGGCGGUGAGGACUGCCAUGGCAAGCUGUCAGCCAUCAAUAGCGACGCUACAUCUGACAUGUCUCCCGUCCGGGCCCAUAACUUCAACCACAGCACGGAGCAGCUACCCAUCCAGCUAGAAGCCUUGGUGGGGAAAGGGAGGUUUGCUGAGGUGUGGCGGGCCAGGCUCCACCACCAGGCAGCUGGUCCUCAGUAUGAGACGGUGGCAGUGAAGAUCUUCCCGUCUGUGGAGUAUGUGUCCUGGAGCAACGAGAGGGCCAUCUUCUCUGACGCCAACCUGGAGCAUGAAAAUGUGGUUCAAUUCCUGACAGCAGAGGAGCGAGGGCCCUCCGGCUCCCCUCAGAGGCAGUACUGGCUGGUCAUGGCCUACCACGGCCUGGGAAACCUACAGGACUUCCUGGCGGGCCAUGUGUUGAGCUGGGCUGAGCUGUGUGCUAUGGCUGGGUCGGUGGCUCGAGGAUUGGCCCACCUCCACAGUGACACCACCCCUUGUGGGAUCCCCAAGGUGCCGGUGGCCCACCGUGAUCUGAAGAGCAGCAACAUCGUGGUAAAAAGCCGGAGAGAGUGUGCCCUCUGUGACUUUGGUCUGGCUCUGAGACUGGACCUCUCCCUCACCGUGGAUGACUUUGCCAACAGUGGCCAGGUGGGUACAGCUCGCUACAUGGCCCCUGAGGUGUUGGAGUCCAGAGUAAAUCUGGAGGAUCUGGAGGCCUUUAAACAGAUGGAUGUAUACUCCAUGGCCCUGGUCCUCUGGGAAAUGGUGUCCCGCUGUGAAGUCAUAGGAGAGGUUAAGAGUUACGAGCCGCCGUUUGGCUCUAAGGUGUGUGACCAGCCGUGUGUGGACAGCAUGAGGGACCUGGUCCUGAGGGACAGAGGCAGACCUGAGAUACCCACCAGCUGGACAACACAUCAGGGGAUGAAUCUGCUGUGUGCCACCAUCACGGAGUGUUGGGACCAUGACCCAGAGGCCAGGCUCACAGCCCACUGUGUGGUGGAGCGCUUUGGAAGUCUAGAAGAGGAGAUGGAGCAGGAGGUGUUAGAAGCUGUCAACAACAGCCAGGAGUGUCCUCCCUCUGACACCUUCCCUGACUCCACCGGCUGCGAUGUGGACCCUCUGGCCCCUGAAACAGAUACAGAGGGGACCCUCAUCCCUGGGCAGAUAAGUGAGAUAUUAUAAGGAGGACUUAAACUUGUUCACCAAAAAGAGACAUCUUUGUAUGAUAGAUUGAAGGCACUCUACCCUAUGAACAAAGAGGAAAAAAUAUUUUUUCUAUGAUAGAUUGUAUCCUUUGAAGGAGCUGGUCUCCGGAUUGAUUUGUAAUAUAACCUUUAUGAAGUGUCUUAUGAAUGCACGUAUGAACUUUUGCCACUGAAGAGAUAUUCUUUCUACCCCUUGGAAAGUUGUGUGUACAGGAUUCAGGGAACAGAGCAAACAAGCAGACCACAAAUCAUUAUCCCAACUUCACUAUCACACUGCAACAUGUCAAUUUUACCAAUAAUUCAAAAAGCAGAUUCGUUUCCAAAUCUGAAGUACAUACAUCCUAUAAUGAAUGAUCACAUGGAUCUGUUCUAAAUGCAGGUUGACGUUUAUUUUCAUGAAUCUUGUCCUGGAGGCAGAACUGAGCUAUUUCCGCUUAGAUAGGCUAGCUGCAAAGAAAAAAAAUGGGCUAUUAUUGUAAAAAUUCAUGAAAACAAACAUUUGAUUUUGGCCUUAAUUUUAGGUUAGGCAUAAGGGUUAGCAGUGUGGUUAAGAUUAGAUUUAAAAUCAGAUUUUAUGACUUUGUGGCUGUGCCAGCUAGUGACCACUCUGCAGAGCUGCCUCCAGAACACGGUUCAUGAUAGAAAAAUGCAAAUUGCACUUAAAAUGGAACCUUAUUCCCUACAGAUUGCACUACUUUUGACCAGAUUCCUAUGGCUCUGCACUAUAUAGGGAAAUAGGAUGCCAUUUGGGACAUACAAAUGUUUAUUAUUUGCUAAAGUAUAGAGAGCACUAAGUUUUGACAACCUUCAUUGGUGUACCAGCUAUUUAAAUUGGUCCUUGCUCCUAUUGGAGAUCAUUUACUUUACAAUAAUUAUUACUGAUGAUUAUCAUUUUUUUUUUAAAUGAGUUUUCCAUUGUCUUCUCAGUGUGUAGCCUCAAACAGUGGUGUGGUUCUCAUUCCCCUUAAUGUAUCCUAAAUGGCUCCCUAUGUCCUACAUACUGUGGUGCACUACUUUAAACCAGUUCGCACAGAGCUGAGAGGUUUGCAUUUUUCUAAGAGUUUCAUUCUGAUUAACCACAAGAUGCUCUGACUACAAAUGGUGAAUGCUGUUAUAUAGGCUAGAGACCACAACACACAAGCUAACAGGGUGAAAUGCCUUUUUUUAAGAUGAAUGAGAACCAAGGAGCUUUUACUGAUCAUUUGAACUGAUAGCUGUACACAAGGACUUUCUAAGGAUACUUUGAUCCGUUUGUAGCGAUUGCAUACAACUACAUUGUCAAGGCUCGUUUUUUCCCCACCAUGUGAAGUACUUGCUGCCUUCAUCUGUUUACUAAGACACAUAGUUAAUUUGUUUAAUUCAAAUCUGAUGUCUGAGCAUUAAGAGGGCAUGAUCUUUAUAUACUAUGCAUCAGAGAACUCACAGUAAGAGCGACUGCUCUCCCAGACAGCCUGGUAUGACACUCAGAUCUACACCAAUUCAGUCAUUCACUGACUCUCUUGCUUCAAAGGUAAUGUUAAAAUCUUUUAUCACACUAACCCAGCGGACUAAAAUAAUUAAAAACAGGAGUUGGUGUAGAUUUGAUUACGCCAUUAAGAAGAUCAAUAGCUUUUUCUCAUAGAACCAAUCAAUGGCUGGGAAAGAAGCGAUGUCUAAUUGUGAGCGGCAUGACAGUGACAUCCUCUUUGAAUCAUGAGCUGGGUCGUGUUAGAUUGGCACAAAUGGAAGAAAACAAGGUGACAUGUAAAAGUACUCCCUUAGCCUUUAUUGGACAAGUCUGUUUUUUGAUUUCCGUUGCUACGGCGUGCCCUAAUGAGCACAACCAAGGUUAACCCUCUUCCCUUGGGAAUGGUCAAGUUUGAGGAUGCACAGAGUAAGACCAUGGCCUUAACUAUAUGGAGAAAUAUCUAAGUAUGAUAUUAAUGAACUAUGCAGAAGACUAAAGAAUGAUGUUAUUGAACUUCUGAUGAAUGACCACAGAUAAAAACAAAAUUAUUGUGAACUGGUUCCACAACAUGUUACCUAUUUGUCUUGUAAAAUAGGUUAUGUAUCAGGUCUCUUAUUUUGUUGCUAUUUGUGAGGGGGGGGGAAAACCCACCACAAAACUGUCAUAAAAAGACAUGAAAAAGAAAACAUUCCAAUGUCAA